AUGGCCAGCCCCAGGUUGCGUGAGCGAUUGUCAUGUGGGAAAUGGCUGGAAAGGGGGUGGGGCGAAAGUGGUACCAACCAAGGGCCGGGGCAGGAGGCCAAGCAUAUGGCCAUGCUGACCUUUCGGUCUCGUCUCGAACUGCAUCUCUUGACGGCUUCGGUGAGCCUAGAUUGGCUUUCAGGAAAUGCCCCUCGAAGGCAGUUUCCCACUUCUUCCCUUUCAGGAGAGGCUUGUCUAAACGCAGGCGACACAUCGUACAGCCUCGUCUACAUUCGGGCGACCCAAUCAUAUUCUCGAGAUUGGCCUGGUUCAGCUUGA